AUGGUUGAACAAGAUUUUGUCAAUCUGAACACUGACAGUAAUCCGAACACUGACAGCAAUCCGUACGCUGACAGCAAUCUGAGCACUGACAGCAAUCUGAACACUGAGAGCAAUCCGAACACUGACAUCAGUCCGAACACCGACAAUAAUCUCAAUACUGACAGUAAUCCUAAGACCGACGCAAUCCGAACACCGACAGCACUCAGAAAACUGAACACUGACAAUUAUCUGGACAAUGAAGGUAAUCUUGAGAAUGACAGUCACCGGUACACAGACAGUAUUCUGAACACUGACAGUGAUCCGAACACUGACAGAAAUCUGGACGCUAACAGCAGUCCGAACAUUGACAGCAAUUCGAACAUUGACAGCAAUCUGAACACUGACAAUAAUCCGAACACUGACAGCAAUGUGGACACUGACAGCAAUGUGAGCACUAACAGCAAUCCUGACCGUGACAGCCAUUUGAACACUGAGAGCAAUUUGAACACUGACAGCAACCUGAACACUGACAAUAAUCUGAACACUGACAGUUAUCUGGACAAUGAAGCCAGUAUUGUCGACACUUACAAAAAUCUGGACAGUGACAGUCAUCUGGACAUUGACAGUAAUCUGGACGCUGAGAGUGAUCUGGUCGGUGAACGCAAUGUGGACACUGAAAGUUAUCUGGAGAGUGACAGUGAUUUGGACAGUGAUGGUGACCUGGACAGUGACAGUGAUCUGGACAGUGACAGUGAUCUGGACAGUGACAGUGAUCUGGACACCCUUGCCCUGUGUGUGUACAUGUGA